CGAGCCAGAGGAGGUGGAAGCGGCAGAGCUCUGCUGCCAGCCGCUCGGAGCGGAGCCGGACAAGCCUGGCCAUGAGUCGCUGGCGCCAAUCCUCGCGAUUUCGCUGAACUUCCAAGCUCUGAUCCCGGGCUGGGGGAAUGCGGCGCAGGGGCGAAGAUGAGAAGAAGCAGGGUGCACCGCAUGGUCUUGGCCACUUGCUUGGGCUCCUUGCUCCUGGUCAUCUUCUACUUCCAGAGUAGCCUGAACCCGGCUGCAGAAGACAGGAUAUUGAGGGUUAGCUGGCACAGGAAAUCGGGUCGAAGUCCACUUCAGACUCUUUACAAGGAUGACCAGCUUGAGCAAUCUUCCCUGCAGGCAACUCAUCGGCACAGGAGAGAGCUGCUAAGCAGUAUGUGCCAUCGUUAUACCCGCAAGCGACGCCUCCUAACUCCAGAUGACUUGCGGCACCUGGUGGUGGAUGAUGUUCAUGAGCUGCUCUACUGCUAUGUCCCCAAGGUGGCUUGCACUAAUUGGAAGAGGGUCUUGAUGGUCUUGACAGGGCAGGGCAAGUACCAGGACCCCCUGGAAAUCCCAGCACAUGAAGCUCAUGUACCUGCCAACCUUCGCACUCUCUCCGAGUACAGCACUCCUGAGAUCAACUACCGCUUGCGCAACUACCUCAAGUUCAUCUUUGUACGGGAGCCUCUGGAACGGCUGGUCUCAGCCUACCGUAACAAAUUCACCCGUAGCUACAACACGGCAUUCCAUAAGCGCUACGGGACCAAGAUAAUCCGGCGGCACCGUCAGGACCCUAGCAGCGAGGCCCUGGAAAGUGGCGAUGACGUGCGUUUUGAGGAGUUUGUGUACUAUCUGUUGGAUCCAAAGACCCAGCGUGAGGAGCCUUUCAACGAACAUUGGGAGCGAGUGCACUCCCUUUGCCAUCCAUGCAUUGUCCAUUAUGAUAUCAUUGGCAAGUAUGAGACCUUGACUGACGAUGCCAACUAUAUCUUGCAAUUGGUUGGGGCUGAUGCAGGCAUCAAGUUCCCCUCCUCGUCUAAGACCAUCAGAACCAACAAUAACCUGACUGCAAAGUUCUUCAAGAAUAUCAGCCCCUUCUACCAAAGAAGAUUAUUUAAUUUAUACAAGAUGGAUUACUUGCUCUUCAAUUACACCAUCCCUUCUUAUUUACAUCUACGAUGAGGCUGGUGACAGACCCUUUCCUCAUCGUUUCUGCUGUCAACCAACAGACAUGGAUAUGAGAUGCUUACAGAUCUACCUAUGCCCGUUUUUUUAUAUGUUUGAUCAGCACACAGAGUUCUCUCCGUAUUUUGUUCCUGUUUCAGUAGACAGAAUCUAGGAUGGUUUGUCUAUCCUUCCUCCUGUUCUUAACCAAACAGCAUUUGUUUCUAGGAAGCACUGGAACUAUGUCCUUUUGUCAGGAGGUGGGAGAAUCUGUGUGGAAGUAGGAGACAUAAUAAAAUGUGCAUGCAUUUAGUGUGUUCAGUUAUAAUCCCCUCGCACCUCUCUCUUCUCCACACUGAUGGAGGAAAGGGGAAUAUGAGCCAGAAGUGUCUAACUGCAAACAGAGGCAGAAUUGUCUAUGAGAUAAGAGUCUUCUGUGUCUUCCCCUUUUACCAUCCUUGCAGCUGGUGUUUCAGAGAACUGUAUUUUCUUGGAAACAACACCCCCCCCCCCCCCGCAUUUUCCUAUCACGUUCUGCUGCCAUGCAGUUUCCAUCAAUUUGCACUGGAGUGACGCUUAGUGGAUUGCCCACUUGUCUGUGCAGAUUUGUCUGUGUGAGAAGAUCUUGACCAAAAGAAAUAUUUAAUUAUUUGCCUUGGCCUUUUUUUUUUUUUUCAUGUGAAUAUGUUUUGGGUAUGUGCAAAUAUUGUUGUGGUGUCCUGUUUUAUGUAGGCCUAAUCAAACUAUGCUCCAGAAUCAAGCUCUUCAGUUUAAUUAGUGGACCCUCAUUCAGAUGGGAGAAAUGAACUCCCGUAGAACUGUAUUUUUUGUAGGUGAUACCAAAGACACUGGGAGGGCACCAGGCUUGGGCAGUGUCCACUUGACUAGAAUUCUUAUAUAUGAAACUGGAUUGAGCUCAGAGAGAGUUUUAAGAAGAGAACCGAUUGUUCUUGUGGAACAGGCAUUCCCCAGAUAUGUUUGACCAAAACCUGUCUUCUCUUGCCAGUAUGACAGCACUCAUUGGUGAUAAUGGGAAUUUGGCACAUUUGGAGAGCACUGAGUUGUGAAAGCUGAACAGAGCAUUGAUCAGAGGUUCUGCUGUGCCUUUAAAUAGUAUCGCCCCAGAAGACAUAUCUUGAGUUAAUCAUUAACAGUGCCUUUUUUCGUAGAGCAUUGCUAUAGUGUCUCAGUCAUGUUUUCUGUCUAAAAUAGCUGUCUCCUUUUUCUAAGCGGGAGCAUCUGUUUUCCUGUAGAAAUCAGGGUAUGGCUGCAGAGACAGAUUGCAUGUGGACUUGGGCUGUACAGAGAGAAACAGAAAUUUAACUGGUAAAAUUGGAGGGUUGUACUUGAAGCGACAAUCCUAGAAGACCACAUUUAAUUCAGUCCACCUGGACAGCUUUGCUUAAGUUGGCAUUUUUGUCUCCACAUGGUUACAUUUCUAUGUAUACCAAAAUAUAUGCCCUCAUUUAUGUAAAUUGGUUGGAAGUGGAGUUAUUGUACAACAGCAUUCCCAACUUAGUGCCUUCUGGAUGUGUUGGCUUUUAACACCCAUAAGUCCCACUAAGCAUGUUCAGACUGUCUGGGAAUCGGGGGAAUUCAAAUCUAAUACAGAUUCUGUCGGAAUAAUUUGAUUUAUGCAAUACGCUACUGAAUGUACUUGUUUGCAUGAAGUAUUAUAGGGCAUACAUAUUAAAGACAUGAUUUGGUUCUGCUGAUUCCUGCUGUAUGAAUGUGGCAUUUCCACCCCGUAGUUGCUUGCUUUUAUUAGGAGAGAAUGAAUUAAUUCCCAAGAGAGGAUUGAAUAGUUCAGAGUUUGAAUUAGUCCGUUCACUUGUGCAGCACCCCAGUAUCAAUGCAAGCUUUAAUUUUAGGUAGCUUAGAUUCUGACCAUGGCUUUUUCUUACGAUGAGACAUUUGGCAAUAAGACUGAGUGUUCUUAUGGGUGGAAUGAUGUGACAGGAGGGCAAGGAACUUUGUGAUUAAUUCAGAAUUCUAAUUCAAAUCUGUCUCCAAUUGUCAGCUUUGCAAAAUAGGCCAGACUAGAAGCACCCUCAGAUGAACUAGAUCUAACAUUAUUAUUGUAAGAUUACAUUAACUAGAAUCUUGUAAGUCUGAAAAUACCUCUCUCCCCCAUAUUUAUAAUCAAGGAGGGUCCCUUCUGAGAUGUUGGCCUCACACUCAUUUCUUCUGCUGAUUCAGCUGUCUCUUAUCUAACUGUUGCCUAGUCUGCUUUUCUUUCUCCUGUCUCCAAAGUCAUUCAUGCACACCACUGCAUCCAGUUUGCAAUCUCUGGGAUAUGUAGCUAGCUUAUUGGCUGGGAAUUCUGCAUGUUUGAUCCCAGCAUAUAUAGGAAAGGCACCAGCUUGGGAAGGGUGUUAUUUACUUUGCAAGUAUGUAAUUACUGUACACUAACAUGUAACCAGUGAUGCUGUCUGCUCCUUAGUUUGCAACUUUCCCAUUGCUUGACAAUUAAUUAAUUACAUUUAAAGUACCAAUGAAUUAGAAAUCUAUAUUAUUUAAAAAUUGAACUAGGCAAUUGUAGUAAUCUCCUCAAAAGAUUGUCUAAAACAGUGGUUCUCAACCUGUGGGUCGGGACCCCAUUUGGGGUCGAACGACCAUUUCACGGGGGUCACCAAACCAUGCUGUCCGCCAUUUUUUUCCCUUUUCCUUAGCUGU